AAUUUGCAAAAAUCGAAUAUUAAAAACGUCUUAUAAAAAAACACUUUCGAAAAUGGAACCGGUUAAAAACUAGCUGCAAAGUAAUGUACUGGGAGACAAUUGCCAGAGAAUGGAGAGAAGAAAUAAACAACAUUCAACUAUAUUGUUAGGCAAGGAAUUAUUGAAGAAGUAAAACCGUUUCACCUAAGGCAGUCAAUAUGGCGGAAUCAGAGCGAGCAGCUGCCAGCCUUGUAUUAUUGCAUCAUGGUUCUACGCUAGUUCUGAUCAUGAUUCAAUAACACAAUGUUGGAUAAAUAUUGACAUUUGUGUCAAUCGACUGCGUUGUAAGGUUGCAUUUGAGAAGGAAAGAGAUGCGGGUAACAAUUGUAUCCCCUUUUGUGAAAAGGUAGUUGGAAAAGUUGUCUGGUAGUGCUAAAAUGCGUUUUUUUAUAUACAAAUUGAAUUAAAUAUAUAAAGAAUUUUCCACUGAUCUACACAAUAGACAAUGAAUUAACUUUUUAUGGCCAUAUAGAUAUUAAAAAUGUAACAAAUGAAUAUUCACUUAAAAUUCUCACCAAAGAAAAAUCGUAUCGACAAAUAUUCCUAAACAUUCAGAAUAAACCAUGGUUUUAUUGAAAUUCCGGUGUAUAUUAAACAAAAUUAAUGGAAUUCAAACAAAUCCUUUGUUGAAAGGGACUAUAUGAAGAAAUAUACAAACGGUAAAGAUGCAAUUGAUAUAAUGCAUAUAAGUGAGUCUUAAAAAUUAUUAUAUUUCUUGCAUUUAAAGAUUGCGAUCCAGCAAUACUGCAUGCUACACCGUCAAUAAAUAUCGCGAUACUUGGAUCACGUCAAUAAAUACGAACCGUGUGACAGGACCCUAUAAAUGCGAGAGCGAGACAAUUGCCAGGUUAUCCAACCUUCUAUUAUUGAAUAUGGAUUGAAAUGAGAAAUAAGAAGCAGUCCAGUUCUGUAUUUUGCAUAUUUCACAAACGAACUCAGUUUGUGUUAUUUGUUGUCCGCGAGGCCGCGGAUUGAAAUAUAUAUUUUUAAAGUUUCCUAAAGAACGAAACAUAAGUGGCGUCCAACGUGGGGCCUGCUUACAUUUUAAAAGUGUUCGUAUCGAAAAUUUUUUAAAUAAAAGUCAGUCGAACCGAUUUUUUUUUUAAAUGAAACGAGUGAUCGUGUUAGAAAACCCGAACGAACUUUUUCGUGAAUAAAGAGCUGUGUGAGAUCUAUCAGUAUGUACAUCACACAGGCAAUACACAAAAUCUCCUAUGAUAUCAUAUUUCUGUCAAAAUUUUCAAGAGAGUGUUAACGGUAUCACAAUCAGCGCCACCUUCUGUAUUCGUUUCACCAUGCAGUACCAGCAACCUGCAACAGCUCAAAGGAUAGGAGUCUGGAUUUAAGGUUAUCAACAGCUUAGGAGCUGUGGAGGGCAAUUACUCCAGCAGAGCGAGCCAGAGAUUAUUGAACAAGAGCGAUGGCUAUUGACCAGGAAUUCCAGUUAGAACCGCAGCAACACCGGAAAGAGUCUAUCUCCGAUUCGACACAUUUUGAAAUGCAGAAUAAAACUGACUCCUAUCUUACAAAAGAUACUCCAGUGAAGAUUGAAGCUGCCUGCGAUUCGAUAGACUUUUCAAUGCAGAAUCCAACCAUCUGCUACCUGACCGAAGAUGUUCCAGUGAAAAAUGAAGCUGCCUUAGAUUUUUCAAUGCAGAAUAAAACUAACUGCUAUCUGACAGAAGAUCUUCCAGUGAAGAAUGAAACUGUCUCCGAUUUGACAGACUUUUCAAUGCAGAAUGCAACUGUCUCCUACCUUUCGGAAGACCUUCCAGCGAAGAAUGAGUCUGUUUCCGACUUGAAAGACUUUUCAAUGCAGCAUGAAACUGUCUCCUACCUGGCAGAAGACCUUCCAGGGAAGAAUGAAACUGUCUCCGAUUUUACAGACUUUUCAAUGCAGAAUGCAACUGUCUCCUACCUGGCCGAAGAUAUACCAGUGAAGAAAGAAGCUGCCUCCGAUUUAACAGAUCUUUCAAUGCAGAAUAAAACUGACUCCUACCUGACAAAAUAUACUCCAGUGAAGAUUGAACCUGCCUGCGAUUUGGCAGAUUUUUCAAGCCAGAAUGCAACUGACUCCUACCUGACAGAAGAUCUACCAGUGAAAAGUGAAACUGUCUCUGGUUUGACAGAUUUUUCAAUGCAGAAUGCAACUGACUCCUACCUGACAGAAGAUAUUCCAGUGAAGAAUGAAGCUGCCUCCGAUUUUGCAGAUUUUUUAAUGCAGAAUGAAACUGACUCCUACCUGUCAGAAGAUCUUCCAGUGAAGAUUGAAGCUGUCCCCGAUUUGACAGAUUAUUCAAUGCAGAAUGAAACUGGCUCCUUCCUGACAGAAGAUCUACUAGUGAAUAAUGAAACUGUCUCCGAUUUGACAGAAGAUCUUUCCAUUGAUCAGCAAUUCCUGUCAGAACAGCUUCAACAACAUAAUGAAUCUUACUCCUAUUUGAAAAAAGAUCUUCAAGAGCCGAAUACAUCAACUCCAAGUAAAGCAAAAACUUCUACGGAGCGAUCAAGACUAUGGAGAGAAAAGCUGAAGAGGCUAACUGAGGCAGAGCGGAGCGAAAAUUAUAGGGAAAGAAAGCGUGCAGGCGUGUGUAUUACCAAGCCAGUUGCCAAAUCAAGCGUGCAACGUAACCGCGAAUGGAGAGAGAGGAAGAAACUAAUGCGACAGCAACUGGACGCCGAUACAACGCAAGGGCGGAAGCUUCAGCCAAAGUCUGUUAGCACUGUGUUAGUCCAACAACCGACACAGUUCCCAUCGCCCGGCGAAACAACAAGCACAUCGCCUAAUGCAUCCGUGGAUGACUGCAUGAACCAGUUGAAUCAAGCCUCACCAGCAGUGGAUACUGUAACAAUAACUUCGACUAAACUGAAGGAGAAAGCAGAUAUUAAUCUUACAGACGAAGAUGCGGUGGCUAGUACUGCUACUGCAACACCACCAGUUCGCCAGCGCAGUAUCAUCAACACCAACAUUGACAUCAACUCACAGAUAAUGAGCGCAAAUCCUUCUGUACCACCGAUACCCGGCAUGCCCAUGAACCAGCAGAAAGCUCCAGUAGGUGGUAUACGACAACAGAGUCCUAUUACGGCAACAAAAACCAACCGCAGUGUACUCAUGUCAAACAUCUUCAUACCGCCUUCCGCCACCAGCAUUACGCGCGUACACAUCAGUCCAGCGAAUACGCCAACGCCGCCCGUAUGCAGAUACAGCCAUCCUGCGCCGCUGCCUAAUACACCGCCACAACCCCUCAAUCCCGACUGGAAACUGACACCUCGCAGACCUACCAUACGUAUUAGUAAUCUUGCGAAUAGCAUUGUCAUUUCUUGGACUAUGGAGGAUUCCAUGGAACGAUUUGCUGAAUGUGUGCUUUAUCAAAUUUAUGCUUACCAAGAGACCUCCGGCCCACCAGCGGUUGAUUCGUGGUGGCAUUUCGGCGAUGUGAAAGCAAUGUCACUACCAAUGGCGGUCACGUUGCCACAAUUACAAGAAGGUCAACGGUAUUACUUUGCUGUUCGUGCUAUGGACGAGCAUAAGCGGUUCGGACCAUUUAGUAUGCCGAAAACGUGGACCUAAAUGGAUGGCUGAAAGGUUGGAUGAUAUAUAUUACAAUAAAAACUAGAACAUUACAACCACAAGUAGUCAUACAUAAAAUAUUAUUACAUUCGAUAUUUUAAUUUUUUUAUGUUUCACCACAUUAUGAUGUAUUUGGCGAGUUUGUAACACCAUAAAUGGAUACUCUAGAAACUGUGAAUUACUUGUAAUUCGUAUAAAUUAGGUCUCAAUUAAAAUAAUUACUAUUAAAAAAGGAGUAUUCGCAUAUUUGAGUAUAUUAAAUAGAGUCCGACCGAACGUUCGGCUUCUGCUUCGGCCGAAAAAUUUACCUUCGGUCGAAUUCUAAUAUUAACUACGACAUAAGUUUAAAAUACGUAUUUUUAAAAGACAUAAAUGAUUCAACCGAAGUAUGAAAAUUAUUCACUAAACCACACAAAAAUUCUAAUAAAUAUUUAAUUAAGGUAAAAACUUAAUUAUUUUUAAUUGUUUGGUGCAAUGGCACUGCAGUUCGUAAAUGCAACCCGCAGAAUUACGGUAAAGAAUGGAAAUCGUUUAUUCAUAAACUAUACUUCAUGAAUAUGACUUAGUUUCGCAAAUUAGUCCCUAUUCGACAAUUAACCGUGUUUACGCAUGCUGUAAAUUUCCAUCAAUUAUAGUUUAGAAAUAAAAGGGCAUAAUCUUAUUCCAGCAUUUU